AUGUCUGAAGCGAAGAUCAGCCAUGAUAGCGGAAUAAAGCUGGUUUCGCCCGUGGCAGAUAUCAAACAUGAAGACGAUUCGAAAAACGGCUUGAAAUGGUCAGUCGACAGCAGAAAAUCGAAAUUUGAUAGCAAUUUUCAGGACGUGGAAAGUGUCGACCGAAGUUUCUUGGAAUGAGAUCACGAAAAAAUUGGACAAUUAUGUGUACAUGUCGUGGGCGUUCAACUGGGACGAGCUCCGCAAUGAGAAGGGCGUCGAGGGUCUGAAGGGAAUCAUCUCCGUCAAAGCGUUCGACAUAAUGCCGAACUACCUGUUCACUCGAGAUUUCGACGUUGUGCUCACGCGUUCUGGCGCCUGGCUCCAUAGACGAUUCCACACAGUCGAAGGGUCUCACACUCCCGGCUAUUGCUUCCGGUUCAACCACAGUUUCACUUUUGAGCCAUUUCUAAAAUCGGACAAUUCGCUCGUCUUCGAGAACAUUUUCGCGCCGUCCGAGUUCUCCGACGUGGCUCUGCUCAUUGAAGGACAGAAAAUACAUGUGAACAAAGCGGUUUCUUGUUUCGAUGAAAUUUAAAUAAUUUCUCAAAUUUCAGAUGCUCUCCAUUCACUCCAGCUUCUUCCGCGCUCUUUUCAAUUCGGAUUUCAAAGAAAAGUCGAUUACCGAGAUUCCGAUUGAAGACGUGGCGUACGAGGAAUUCGCAACACUUUUGAGCCUGAUCUACCCGAUUCCCGUCAUGCCAAAUCGUACGAUUUCUUACAGAAUUUGAAAAAGGGGCAUGGGCUUAGCUGAUACGCGAUUCUUUUCGAGACGUUUUUGCCAUAUUUAGAAAUAGCCAUUCGGCGCCGAAAUUCCGAAACUGUCAUACCGGUGUUUUGGGGCUAUUCAGCCUAUGUUUGUUUUCCGUUUUUUUUGUUUUUUUAACAUCGAUGAAUUGGAUUUUUUGACAUAAAAAAACGGAAAACAAUCUUUUUUUUUCACAGCCUGGAAAACCCCAUUUCCUUUUUUUGCGAUGAAUAAAUGAAAUGUGAAGACAAAGACGGUGUCGUAAAUGAUUGAGCGACAGCAAAAAUUAUAGAGAAUUAAGCAUUUUCAGCACAACACGCUUUUUCAAUAGUUCCAAUAUUUUUCAGCAGACAAUGUUGCCGAUCUUCUCAAGCUCUCCGAUCGUUUCACGAUGGCAUCGGUGCGAAAGAUCGCGGAACCAAUGCUCUCGGCAACCGAGCACGUCAAGUUUUGCGAAAUGUUUUCGUUGGCGGACAAGUACGGAAUGGAGACGCUUGUGAAGCAGUGCACGGACUAUCUGAAGAGCCACGACGAGAUUAAGGAACUCUCGAAAAGCUCGCACUUCAAAGAGCUCUCCGAUGCGACCAAACUCUUGAUUUUCGAGCGUUCCCUGUCGUUUUAA